AUGCAAUUUAAAUCCAUUCUUGUUUCUGCACUAGUCUCCGGCUACGUCGCUGGUGCUAACGAGACGGACUCUUCAUCUUCGUCGUCGUGGGCCACUUUGACCCCAUCGAAGACCUUGUCUGGGGGGGCUACCGAUUAUUCAGAUGCUUUUGGAAUUGCCAUCCAGAAGGUGACCGGUUCCUCCGCGUCGGUAACUGCUACAGCCUCUGGAAAAGCUAAGAGAGAUGCAGUCUCGCAGAUCGGCGAUGGACAGGUCCAAGGUACCACUGCUACUCCAGCGUCUGCUACUGCCUCCAGUGCCACAAGCUCUGCUUCAUCGGCCGCAGCUGCCUCGCAAGUAUCCGAUGGUCAAAUCCAGGCGUCUACAGCUUCUUCCGAAAAGAAAACAACGACUCUUGCGUCUAACUCCGUGGCUGCCUCUGCCUCUGGCUCAGUAGACUCCAAAUUAAAGGUUGUCUCCUGUAAGACCGACGGCACUCUAGAGAUGACUUUGAAAGGGGGGAUUCUCAAGGACGCUAAGGGAAGAAUCGGUUCCAUCGUGGCUAACAGACAAUUCCAAUUUGAUGGUCCUCCUCCACAAGCCGGUGCCAUCUACGCUGCUGGCUGGACUAUCACAAAGAAUGGUAACCUAGCCAUUGGCGAAACAGAAGUAUUUUACCAAUGUCUAUCUGGUACUUUUUACAACUUGUAUGACGAAUCUAUUGGUGACCAGUGCUCGCCAGUUCACUUAGAAGUUGUCAAACUGGUUGAAUGUUAA